AUGGUAGAACAAUAUUUAAUUUUAGGAUUUGUAUUAUUUAUAUUAGGAACUUUAGGAAUAGUAGUUAAUAGAAAAAAUAUAAUAGUAAUGUUAAUGUCAUUAGAAUUAAUGUUAUUAAGUAUUAAUUUUGUAUUAAUAUUGGGUUCAGCUAUAUUGGAUAAUAUAAGUGGGCAAAUAUUUGCUUUUUAUAUACUAGUUGUAGCAGCUGCUGAAUCUGCUAUAGGUUUAUCUAUAUUAGUAGCUUAUUAUAGAGUAAGAGGUACAAUUUCAGUAAAAUUCAUAAAUUUAUUAAGGGGUUAA